AUGUGUUCUCGUAUAGCAGUUGAUCUUUUCUUCGACGUUUUUUCGCCCUAUAGUUGGAUUGGAUUCGAGGGUCUGAUGAGGUACCAGAAGGUGUGGCCUAUCAGUGUUCGUCUGCGCCCAUUCUAUUUUGCGGGGAUCAUCAAAGCAACAAAAAACAAUGGAGCACCGUUGAUGUUAGCAGAGAAAGAAUCUUACAUGGACUUAGAUCUCAAGAGGAACUCGACGUAUUGGGGCGUGCCAGUAUCUCUUCCGAUGAAUUUUAAAAAUCUGGUGUUCACGAAAUCAUCUGCGAACGCUCAGCGGCUCUUAAUCGCUCUGCAGAAAGAACAACCAUCACUGCUUGAAGAGGCUGCCAGGUUGAUGUGGACAAGAACUUUCACACAUCACAUUGGUGUCUUUCAUAAAGAAGACCUUAUGGAGAUAAUGAGUGACCUAGAAAUUGAGAAUCCCACUGCUCUUCUGGAAUUGGCUUCUUCUCAUGACGUCAAAGAUGCUUUGAAAAUUAACACGAGUGAAGCUUUAGAUAUGGGAUGUUUUGGCGCUCCAUGGAUUCACGUGCACACACCAAAUGGGAAGAUCGAACCGUUUUUUGGCAGCGAUCGCUUACCACUCAUUGGCCACCUCAUAGGCGAGCCCUACGAAGGACCCCUGAAUCAUCUCGCGGAACAUCAUUCUUCGUUAACUGAAUUGAAAUAG